AUGAAUUUCAAUGUUAGGAAUGUUGAUGCGGGUAUUCUGUUGCAUAUACAGCAAGAGACGGAAAGUAAGAAGUACCAUUUUCUUGUUGCAAAUGCCAAAUUUAUGCUGGACGAAGAGGAGCAUUUCCAGGAGCAAAUGUUUGAACGUCGUCGCCUCUAUGAAGAGCGCAACAUGGAACCAGAUUUCUGGCUUGUAGUUGAGCCAAAGUUCUUGGACAAGUUCCCUAAUAUCACCAAGAGACUGAAGAGACCCGCUGUAGCACUUGUUUCAACGAAUGGCCCAUGGAUCACGUUCAUGAAAUUGAGGCUAGACAGAGUUUUACAAGAGGGCUACGAGGCUGACAGUGUAGAAGAAGCUUUGGCAUGUACUCCUGUUAGUAUUGAAUUUGAAAAACCGGAAAAAUGGACAGCACCAUACCCGAAGUAUGAAUCCGGGUGGUGGGACUCAUUCUUGCCCCCUGGAUCUCAGACUUCAAAGGUAUGAUUAGCAGGCGUCUUACGUAUUUCUGCCAUGCCAUCAUCUGUGUUGCUUGAAGUAGUUCAAAAUCUACAUUACUGUUUGUUGGUCCGGCAAUGAAUGAGCAUUUAGUUUGAGAAGUUAUAUGAAGAGAUGGUCGGGCAAUCGCCAUUGUAGGCUGUAGGUGAAGAUGUUUGUAGCUCAUCUGAAGAAUUGUACGACGAAACGCCUAAUUUCUGUAGCUUAUAAACCCCUGUUGCGAGAUUCAGAAAACAAAAUGAAGAAUAUUGAGCAUUGUACUUAGCAUGAAAAAGCAUUAUGAAAAAUCUGAAGUGUGUUAUUGUUGUUGGUUUUUAUCUCUAA